AUGUCGUGGUCGUCCACGACCGAGGCGCUCUUCGCGUCGUCGUCCCCCGCCGCGGCGGCAGAAGACGACGUCGACGCGUGGAACGACGACGCGCUCAUGGACGCGUACAAGACCGCGGUGGAGUCGUACAAGCGAUCGCACGGGCUCUCGUCCUCGGCGACCGCGUCGCGUCUCUCCCCGAGCGUCGCCGGCGGGCGCUCCUCGGGGAGCGGGAAAUCCAAGGGCGGCGGCGCGGCGGCGACGCCGACGCGCUCGCCGCGCGCGGCGUCGCACGUCGCGGGAUCGACCCCGGGCGGCGGCGCGGACGCGUCGCCGCGAUCGAACGCCCCGCGCGUGACGCCUCUGCACGCGAUCCCUAAGCGCGCGCAGGCGUCGCGUCCGUCGUCCGAGAUCGCGCCCGCGGACGACGAGCCGCCGCCCGCGGUGGGGACGCCGGUCGCGAACGUCGUCCUCGGCGUCCCCGUCGCGCGCGCGGGCGAUGUCGGGAGCGGGGACGGAGGAUUUGGAGGAGGAGGAGGAGGACGAGGAGGAGGAGGAGGAGGAGGAGGAGGACGAUUCGGAACCGACGUUACCGGCGGCGGCGGCGGCGGGGAGAGCGAGCGCGAAGCCGCGUGGCGCGAGUGGGAGGCGUGGGAGGCACACUACGCGUCGCAGGCGCAGGCGCAGGCGCCGCAGGAAGACCAGCGAGGGGUCGGCGUCACGCACGACGCGUACGCGUACGCGGGAGAAGAGCGCGGCGCGCGCGACGACGGCAGCCGGCGCGGACGCGGGUACGGAUACGGAGACGGACACGGGUACCCGCCCGAGGGGGCAGCGCAUCAACCGCCGCCGCGUCACCACCACCACCUCCACCACCCGCCGCGUCACCACCACCACGAGCACGACGUCGUCUACCACGGGCGGCAUCUUCAUCGUCAUCAUCACCCGGGGGGACCGCCGGGACCGCCGCGGACGCCGCCGCCGCCGGGGACGACGCCGCCGCCGCGCGCGCCGCCGCCGCCGUACGAUCCGUACCGCGGCUACUACGCCGCGGACACGUCGUACGAUACAUCGUACGACGCGUACUAUGGAGCACCGCAGCGCGCGGCUCCGCCGCCGCCGCCGCCGCCGCCCGGCGCGGACGUCGGCGCGUCCGCGCGCGCGACCGCGGCGGCGACCGUUCCAAGCGGGACGGAGGACGACGUCGACGAGCUCGCCAACUUGCUCAUGUCGUGGUACUACGCGGGGUACUACACCGGGUCGUACAGCCGACCCCCGGGGACGACGACGACGCGGCGGCGGUAUCCGUAG